CAGUGCGUGAAAGACGAAUAUACAUGAUAAGAGCUAGAGAACCAUAUCGACCUCAGCUGUCAAUUUUUUGGUGUUUUUUAUAAAAAAUAAUAAUUUCCUUUUCGCAAUAUUUUGCACAUUUUAAAUGUUUCCUUUAUUGCAUUUUGUCCUUUUGUGUGCUCAAUAGGGUGUGCUAAAAGUGAAUGUGAAAAUGUGGAAGUGCAGGAAAUGUGGGAAAAGUGUCUAUUUCGCCGAAAGAAAACAAUCCUUGGGGUAUGAUUGGCAUCCGGAAUGUCUAAGAUGUGAGGAAUGUGGCAAACGACUGAAUCCCGGACAACAUGCCGAGCAUAAAGGUGUGCCUUAUUGUCAUGUCCCCUGCUAUGGGGCACUAUUUGGGCCUCAGCUCUUUGGGCACGGAACCCGCGUGGAGUCGCACAAGAGUUUCGGACAACACCCCAAGGGGAAUGAUAUGCGACAAUUAUCCAAUGGGGGUGGCACAACAAUUCCCCGGGAGCAACUGGAAACGAAGCUCAAAUUGUAUAAUCAGUUCUUCGACAAUAAGAGCAUGGAGAUACGCUCGAGAGAAGUCAAUGGCCGUCUCGUGCUCGAGGGGGCAAUUCGAGUCUACUGGGGUGUUCAGGGUGUGAUUCACCUCAAAGAGGAUGAUGAUCAACGAACCGUGGUUACGGUGCGGAAGCGGAACUCCUGCAGGUACCGCAACUCCAUGGACGUCGAUCCACUCAGUGAAUUCUCGGAUAACUCAAAAGUUCCUCUGAGUCCAACUGUUGACAUGACUGCAUCCAUCACAUCAGAGGAUGGCCUGGAUUUAUCCACUUCCGAUAGCACAACAUGCGACACGUGCACAUGGUCCGAAGAUGUGGUGGCUCUUGGGAGUGAGAACUCAUCCAAAGAUGUUUCCCCAUCGCACAAAAGUGCCACACUUCCACCCAAGCUCGAUGUGAAGCAAUUGGAUUGGGAUGAAAUUGAUGAUUUGCUGCAAGUUGAACGGAGAGUUGAUGAAACUGAAAAGAUAUUUCGCACAAUGCCAUCACCACUGCCAUCGCAAUCAAGCACAGAAUUUUCUUCCGCUCAAACUCUCUCGCAAGAUUACACUCCAGACUCACUGAAUACACAAAAUGAGAGUGAGGAGCAACUGAUAACGGCUGCUAGCCAUUUCUCCCAAGAUACAACAGGUGACGAGAGCACCGAAUGCAGCACACUGAAACCCGAAGAUUUUGAGGAUUUCAAAAAGAGAAUUCAAGAAGAAUUCAUUAGUAGUACCAACAUGAUGGGAAAUACAAAUAACACGCUCAAAUCCAAUGAACCCAUAGAUCCAUCACGUAUCAAUGACUCCCUAAAGCUCUACAGUGAGAAUAUAAUGAGUAAAAGUUUCAACGGGAUGCCAUCAUCAAUGAAUAAUGAAUCUUAUGAAAUAGACUUUGAAAAUGCUUUCCAACCCUACGAAACCAUGUGUGGUAAUCCACGUUCACCACGUUUUGGGAAAAAUGGUGCAUUUGGGAGCUUGCAGAAGUUGGAUUCGGAGGGAUUUACGGAUACAUCUGAAACUACGGAAUCCCUGAUUCAAAGACAAGGUUUACUGUCUAAAUCAAAAUCAGGCCCAAAUUGCUUUAGCUACGGGGAUGAUCAAGAUGAUGAUGUGCCAACACUGAAGCCGUCUACAGUGAAGAGAAAUCCAAAUUUUGACCGGAAAGGUGUGUCAAUCAAGAUGGAUUGUUACGAUGAACUACAAACAUCAUCUGAUAGUACUACCCCACGAAUUGAUCAAGGUUGCGACACAGUGCAAAGAAAUGAGGGCGAUAGCGAAGAGGCGGUUGUUUUGAGAAAACCACCAAAGACAGGGUCAACUGCAAUUAAACGCAGAUCAGGAAAUAGACGGUCACGAACAAAAUUAAAGCGACGGUGUUCAAUUAAUGGGCAUUUUUACAACAGAGAAACGUCAUUCUUCACUCCGCCCCGUGGCUCAAUGAUGAGCGUGUGGAUUACAUCUUUAGUUGAUACAAAAGAGAUCAUAAAUCUUCUAUUGGAGAAAUAUAAAGUGGAUAGUCGACCGGAGAAUUUUGCUCUCUUCAUUGUAAAAGACAAUGGUGAGCAGCGACGCUUGAAGGAGGAAGAGUAUCCGCUAUUGGUUCGUGUUCUGCUAGGUCCGCACGAAGAUGUGGCUCGAAUUUUUCUGGUUGAUUCGCAUGCGACACCAGAGAUUAGCAGUGAGGUGGCACAAUUUCUUAAUCUAUCCCUCUCAGAGUGCAGAGCCAUUUUGGAUCGUUACUGCGAGGAGCAAGAUCGCGAAGUUGCACGCAUCAAAGAAAAAUAUGCAGAAAUGCGCCGAAGAAUCACUCAACGUAUGGAAUCUCUCAAAGUUCGUUUGUAGUGUAACAAUAUAAUAAUAAUACUACUUAAAAUUUUAUAAACAUAUUUUAAACAAUACAUAACCAAUAAUUAACAAUAAUAUGAGAAUAAUCAAUAACUAAUUAAUAUAAUUAUGAUUAGCUAUUCCAAUAUUAGCCAUCAUUAAAAAGGCAGAAAAUAAAAAUUACUCAUAUCCAAAAUAUUAUCCAAAAAAAGUCGAGCAAUAUAUUAUUUUCUGCGACCUAAUAUUACUGCAAAAUAAUUUUCAUAUUUUUACAAUAUUAAUUGAUAAAUAUAUAAUACAAAA